CAGGGUUCUAGAGAAAUGCGAGGGGGAAUCCAGCAAUCAUCCGCGGCGCUUCGAUCGGGCUAGGUCUGUCAGGGUUCUUCUCCUUCCGCGCUUCGAUCUUCCUUUCGGCGCCGAUAGAUUUCGAUCUUUGUGCUUGAUCGAGGCGCAUCGAUGAAGCUGCGGCGGCAUCAUCCGCGGCUGAAAUAUGUGAAGCCAGCGCAGAUUUUCUCGUGCGGGAUGUUUGGCGCGUGCUCGGAUGUGGUUCUCAGCCCUUGCACGCCAUCUCCAGCUCUGCCGCAGGAUCGCGGCUCCUCAUCGGCGUCAUCGGUAGCGACCACGACGAUCGCCUCCUCUUGCAGCGAUGACAAAGAGAAUAGGGUCGCGGCGGAGGCGGCAGAGAGGCAAGAAUGCAACAGGAGAUUCCAGAGAGUGCCGAGCUCGACACAAUGGGAGCUUGCCCUCAAAUUACACAAUCGCAGCGUCAGGGGCAAUGCCGGCAGUCGGUACUUGGCCACGAUCGAUGUGAUCAGUCCUCGCGUAGAAUCGCCACGGGUAAGAAUCCAGGAACUGGGAUGUUUAGAGAAGCAUCAGCAGCCACGGUCUCUGGAGGAUCUUGUCAGGGAUGUCAUAAGCUCCAGGUGCUGUUCGUCACAGUCGCUAAGAUCGCUGAGCUCGCUGGCGGUUUCAUCGCGGAAUCGACAGACGAUGGUGAAGAUGGGACUCCACAGCGAGCUUGUGGCGUUCUUGGUGUCGGACGAGGGCAACGAUAUAGAUAAGUCUGCGGAGGUAUUGGAUGUAGUGUUUAGUUUGCUCGUCACUCUUUCUAGUAGUAGCGACUUAGUGUUGGAAGCAAUAGCUCGGGCUCCAGGCAUUAGUUCGGUGCUAGAGCGGCUCCUUCGAACAGGUCCAAGCUCGUCUAAGGUGGCGGCUACGACGCUUCUAGUCAUGCUCUCGGCGGUCUCUCAAAGCGAAGAACAGCAGGUUGAUACGCUAGACGCUGGGAGUUUUUUGGAAGCUGUGGUGGGACUCUUGAGCGAGCGUGAAGAGCAGCUUGUCAAGUGUGGGGUGAAGGCGUUGCUAGCGCUGUGCUUGAGCAAGGACAACCGGGUGGCAGCAGUCAAGGCAGGGGUGGUGGCAAGUUUGCUGGAGCUGCUCACGGAAGCCAAAGGGGUGACUUCCGAGAGGAUCCUAGCAACUUUGGAGCUGCUGUCGACGACUUUGGAGGGAAGAGCGGCAAUCCUGCGCCACGCGCUGGCGAUUCCUUUGCUACUGAGCAUGAUUCUCAGGGUGUCGGACCGUGGGACGGAGUACGCAGCGGGGGUGCUGUGCUCCGUUAUUUGCACCGACACCAGCACUCCUUUGGACAGCAAUGAGGAGGCACUGGAGAUGGCCUUUCAAGCGCGGGCUUCGACGUCCUUGCUGCUGCUGCUCCAGAGCCAUUGCACGCAGAGGGCGAGGCGCAAAGCUGUGAAGCUGCUCAAGGUUCUGCACAGUUAUGGGGAAAGAAAGGUCGGCAGCGCUGCCGCCGAAUGCGACACUGCUGCUGCGGCCAAGGUCGUACAGGGCUGAAA